UAAUUAAUUUAUAACUAUAAUAAUUUUUGUAAUUUGUCUUGUAAUUUUAUAUUGUUACCUUGUAAUUGUUACUUUUUGGCUGAUGGCUUUCGCCAAAGUCACAAUAAAUAAAAAAAAAAAAAAAAAAAAACUCUGCUUACUUAUUGUUUACCUAUUUAGUUUCUUUUCUUUCCAAAUAUAUUUUCUGUGUCUAAUCCAAAUAUUAUAUAGACCGGUUCGUCAAAACUUAAAUAUUCAAUUUUAUUUCAUAACAUGUCUGAUUGUAAAAUUAUGAAGAUAGAAAUAUACAAUGCUAUUGUAGAAGAUUUUAAUAAAUUAUCUUCGUUUAGCCGUAAAGCAGAAAAUGAAUUAAAGAAAAAAUACAAACAUUUACCACCAUCUACCUUAGGAAGCAUUAUAUCAUUGCUGGUUCAGAGAGCCAUGAAACAGAGUUAUAGAAAAUCCCCAGUAAUUUCCAGUAAAUAUCAUGAUUUAUAUGAGGAACUUAUGACAGAUAAAAGCAAAGGAAAUGUCAUUAUGAAGCUUUCUGAUAGUCAGGGAAUUAGUCCAGCUUUAUUUGCAAGAUCAUUGUUGCAAAACGUGUAUUCUGAUUCUACUAUGGCAAAAAAAUGUAUAAAAGAUACAACACUAAUUGAAGACAAAGAUUUGGCUUAUCAAGUAUAUUUGGGUAUAAUGAAUGAUAACCAAUAUGGACCUUAUGCAGAUAUUAUUAAACAAUCCAUCGGACUAGAGUAUGAGUUAAGGCUAGAGAGGGAAUUGAGAUUGAUGAACAUUACAUUUUCUGAUGAAAACAUAUUGAGAUCCCGAGGAUAUGAUAAAACUCCAGAUUUCAAAUUAGAUGUUCCUAUAGCUAUAGAUGGUUUUAUAGUAAAUUGGGUUGAAAGUAAAGCUUUGUUUGGCGAUGAAGAAAAUCAUUCAGGCUAUUUGAAGGAACAACUUUCAUGCUAUUGGAACAGGUUUGGUCCUGGUUUAGUGAUAUAUUGGUUUGGUUAUUUAGAAACCUUAAAUUCUACACCCGAAGUCAAUAAUAUGUUCAUACUACGAACAAGUUUUCCAGAAAAAUCAAGUAUUACGCAAUACAGAAUUGAUUUAUAAAUUAAUCAGCUAUUGUCUGAAUAUUUAUUAUUUAGAAAGUUAUGUGUAAGAAGGAAAACCUAAAAUGGCAGGCCAGUAUUUUAAUAAUAGGCCAAAAUCUAGUGGAUUGAUAGAUGAUUUCAAUAUUUAAUGAAGUUGGAACCACAUUGAGAGUUACAGGAUCCCAAUGCCAGGUCAUUCAAUAGUUUUAAGUCUAUUCUCAAAUAUUAAACAAAAUAUUAACUGAAGAUAAAUAUGAUUUUUAAUCAUUAUGCUAUGUUUAUCCUGUUCUUUUAAAUAUAAAUGUAAGAAAUU